UCAAUACUAGUAGCCAUUCUUGGCCUCUUGGUCGCUGCGGUGUCUGCCCAGGACAACAACGUUUCGACCUCGCCUCAGUCCGACCAGCCUCCAGACUGGGCCACCAACAAUGCGCUGCAAAUGAACCUGUCAACCCCCAACGGGGAGUCCGACCCCAUUCAAUAUACUGUUAUUCCUGUUCUGCCAAAUGCUGGUGUGAACGGGUCAAGUAAUGGCACUCAAGUACAAACAGUAAACAUCAACGGCGUCAUGAUUGCCGCCGACGUAUCCAACUUUAACAAGAUCACAAGUUCCAACGAUGUCGCAUACCUAUCAUGUGACCCUCAAUCCAAUACCUUCAUCAGCACCAACAGGAUGCUCAACGAUCUCAUUGAUGCUAACCCCAAGGCCAUCGUUCUCUAUUCUCUUGGGGGCACUUGGUGCAGUCUGGAUUUUGCAAACCCACCCUCAUUUUCCAACAUCCUCUCUAUGGCUGACAGUGGCGAAGCACAGGGGGUUUUGAACUCCCUCAACGGUACUGCUACUGGGCGCGUGGUCAAUGUUUCCAUCACAGGAAACGCCUCGAACACAGACCCUAACAACAAUUCUGGAGGUGGAAGCAGCAACUCGACCGUCGCCAUGAGCAUUCUUUACACCAUCACAGCUCUCAUCACUCUCUUGUUUCUCGUCAUCAUCGCCACCGGCGCUGUAAGGGCCCAUCGAUACCCGGAAAGGUAUGGACCUCGGCGUGCUCUUGGGGGCCGACCUCGGCAGAGUCGAGCAAAGGGAUUGGCUCGUGCGGUUCUCGAAACACUCCCCAUUGUCAAGUUCAACAACAAUCAGGAACCCAUUAAGCCGGAUCCUGAUCUUGAGCUAGACGCAGCUACUACCGACGGCCGCGAUGCUAGAACUCAGAGGUCAUCGUCAAUCCUCACCCAGGAAGUACAGCAUGAGGUGGCUACAGCUACACCAGCCACAGCCGCGGCAGCCACAGGUGAUAGCAAGACCCGUGAUGCAGCUCCAGUUGCCGAGGCUCAUGGCGCUGUCGAAACUCCUGCCCCCCCUCCAGUCGUGAACGUGGGUUGCUCUAUCUGUACCGAAGAUUUCACGGAAGGCGAGGACAUGAGAGUUCUGCCUUGCAACCACACGUUCCAUCCAAACUGUAUCGACCCUUGGCUUAUUAACGUAUCUGGAACAUGUCCCUUGUGCCGGCUUGACCUUCGCCCUGAGGCUGAGACUCAUGAGGGUGACAUCGGCCUGGCUACCGCCCUCAACAGGGGCCCUGGUGACAGAAACUCUACACUACCGCCUCCUUUGGCUCUGGAGGGCGAGGAUGGAGAGGGCAGCCAUGCCCACCAUCGCCAUAGGAUUUCUCGCUUUUUCGAUGUCAACAGGUUGAGACAAGCUACAGCAGAAGAGCAAAUCGAAGCUCUUCGACAGAUGCGAUCGACUCGCCACAACGAUACAGAGGCCCCCGAAGCGGGCGCCGUCCAUGAUGCAGAGCGCGAAAGAGGACAGAGGGCCCACCUAACAGCCAAACUAAAGGAGAAGUUCCGAAUUCGAACCAGAGCUCGGUCUCCUGAUCGUCGACAAGACUAA